GUUUGGUACGGCAGCCCUGUGCCUUCGUAGCGCGACGGAGGAGGCGCUGUCGCAUGCCGCCGCCGCGGCGGCGGAGGCGGCAGCGGGUACAGCAGACGCGGGUGCUGCCGCGGCGGCGAUAGCCGCCGCCACUGACACGGCGGUAUCCAAGGCCGCAACAGCCAUGGAGGGCGGCAGAUGUGGCUCCCCACCACCCCGCAGCAGCGGCUGGGACUCGGACGGCGUCCUCAGCAACAGCCCUUCUGGCCGGGCUGAGUGGGACACGCGGCUGGCUCGCAGCCUCCAAGACAGCGAUGGUCUGGUGGAUGGGAGGCUACUCGAGCUGUGUUGCCCGGCCAUUGAGGAAGCGUCGCGAGUGCUACAACGAGCCGCUGCAGCCGCAGCGGCAGCGGAGCUACAGCUACAGCAGGCUGGUGGCGGCGGCGCGGCGGGGACACCCGGGGCCCCGGGCUCCAGGGGCGGCACCCCGGUGGCGGAGCCGCGGCCACUCAUGCCGCGCAGGAUGCCGCCAGCGGCGUUGAAGAGGCUGGGCGGAGGAGCUGGGGGCGGUGGCGGUGCGGGUAUGGCGGUAGCCAUCCCGGAGAGCGUGGCGGCGGUUCUCUCGGCUCCCGGGCCCAGCCCGCUGCAGCAGGCACUGGCGCAGGCGCUGCUGGGGCAGUACAGUACGGGGGAGCACGCCGUACCCAUGCGUGACGUGGUGUCGUACGUAACCGGUGUGCUUGCUGUCAAUGGGGCGGCAGCAACGUUGGAGCUCAUUGUGCC